CUACGAGGCUUUACGCAGGGCGAAUAAUAAUGUACAGUGCAGUCAUCAACCAGAGGAAACGUUUUCCUUACUGAGGUAGAUAUUUAGUCUCAUUUAAAGGUAACUCACUGGAAGAAAGAAGCGCGUGAUUGACAGCAGCACACCGUCCUGUGGACAGAAAUGAACCAUACUACUGCAGAGACAGCAGGUCUUGACCCUGCCGUGCUGAGAGACCAACUUUUUGAGCCAUGGAGCCGGAAAGACCUGCAAAUGCUACAUUUGGCCGCCCUCCAGGGAUUUUCAAAGCUCUCUGAGCCCCUGGAGGCCCUGCUAACAAUCCUGGAGGGCUGUCCAGGCAAACAGAAGGGCCGGAGCCACACCCUCGGCCACCACAUCCUCAUGGAAUUCCAGACGUGGAUCAAGGAACAUCCUCAGGUGACCCUGAGCUCACUCCCAGAGCAGCAACGACUGCCACUUAAGCGGCGAGCUCUGAGCUUACUAACAGAUAGCCACCCCAGCUAUGUAGACGGUCUUUUAAACACUUACCAGCUCAACUCUCUGGAUCCAGCCACACUGCGACUGCACAUUAUCCGGCUACAAGCUCUUAACUGCUACAAAGAGGCAGCAGCAAUUAGCAUAAAACUGAAGCUACAGAAGGAGCUGGACAUGGAGGAGAUGUGUAUACCGCUCAUCUUGCAGAACAAGCUGCCUUUAGCAGAGUCCUUUGUCACAGGUCACAAUCAUCUGGAAACACAACUGGUCACCCUGCUGGACUCUUGGUGCCAUCCAAACUUUAGUGUGGAACACGUAAUCAAAAAGUUUCCUCGCCUCUCUUUGUCCAAACAGUCCAUGGGCCACAUCCAGCCAAAGCUUCUCACCAAAAAUGUUUUCAGACUUGUGGAGAAGUUCAACAUUGACCCAGGUCUGUGUCCCCACGCUCUGCACAAGAGGAGAAUGGACUCUAUGCGUUUCCUCAUGUACAAGAGAUUUGUGGAGAAAGGCAUGACGGAGGAGAACUGGUGUGACCAUGUACAGUACGUGGUUGCAGACGACGUGGAGCUGCAGAUCAUGCUGGUAGGGAUGUUGGUUAAAUACUGUGGUCUUCAGAAAGCCUCUCAGUGGUCCUUGAGAUAUAACCUCCCCAGACAUCGACUCCCCUGUGGGCUGUGGGAAACGCAGCAGAGUCUACCGCCUGAACUACAGCAGAUACAUCUGGCUGAUGCAGCACACGCAGAGGAGUGGGUACCCUCUCAGUCUCACUGUGAAAGGUUCUAUCAGGUUCCACUCACCAAAGACAAAGUUCACUUCGUGGACACGCAGGAAGCUCUCCAGAGAUGUCAAAACAUUGUGCUGAAGGAAGGUAGUAUAGUAGGAGUUGACAUGGAGUGGCAGCCCACGUUUGGCUGCAUCUCAACUCAGAAAGUUGCCCUGAUACAGCUUGCAGUUUGUGAGCAGGUUUUCUUAUUAGACCUCUGUGCCACUGGGUUCUGCCAACACCCGGAUACGAUCAGCUUCAUCAGGAGUUUGUUCUCUGAGAAAAGUGUUCUUAAACUGGGUUACGGUAUGUCAGGGGAUGUCAAGUGUCUCUUGGCCACCUGGGAGCAGUUUUUAGAGGAGCCACUGAAGAUGAACGGGAUGCUUGAUCUUCUUCAUAUACACAAGAAGAUUCAGCGUGGUAACGUCAAGUUGACUCAAAAUGGACCAAAAGAGGUUCUGGUAGGAGAGGAGGACUCUGCCGAGAAAGGCCUCAGUUUGCUGGUCCAACAGGUUCUUGGAAAGCCUCUGGACAAAACGGAGCAGAUGUCCAACUGGGAAAAACGGCCACUGCGCAUCAGCCAAAUUAGAUAUGCAGUGGCAGAUGCCUGUUGCCUGUUGGAUGUGUACUCUGUGCUCUCAAGUGACCCGGCAUCCUUUGGGCUGCCGGCUGACCUGCCCAGCAUCUCUUCAGCUCCACCAGAGAAGAGCCAAGAAAAGAAGCAGAAGGAGAAGCAAGCCAAGCACACUGAAGCGGAAUGUCAGGGGGCUCAAAGGGUCGGUCCCCCCUGCUCUGAAGCAGAGAAAGGCCUCCUGUGUGGCGAGAAGCCAAAGGAAGACACCCCUCCUCUGCCCCCCCAGCAGUUGCGGGUGGUGUGUGACAACAUGCUGCAGGGACUCGGGAGGUACCUGCGCUGUUUGGGAGUCGAUGUGAUCAUGUUGGAGAACACUGAUGAUCAUAGAGAAGCAGGGAAGUUAGCACAAGCUGAAGGCCGUGUCAUACUCACAUGUGGACAACCGUUCCAAAGUUUGCGAUCCCAGGUGGGCGAGGGUCGCUGUCUGCUCCUGGACUGUUCAGAGAAGGCCAGAGACCAAGCCAUUCGAGUCCUCAGACACUUCAAUGUCCAACCCACACCGGGCGACAUCUUCAGCCGCUGCCAGGCGUGUAACAGCGAUGAGUACGCUGCAGUGCCCAGAAAAGAAAUGGUCAAGAUGCUUAAACAGAAAGGAUUUCUGCAGGACCAGGGUGACACUAACUUCACACAAGAAGAAGAAGAAGAGAAGCUCAGUGACAUCGUGACCCCUGAGCUCCCAAGGUAUGCCCCUCGGUGUCAAUGGGCCUCACUUUCAGGGCUGGACCCCGACACCCUGACCUUUCCCGGGGGGGCGCCCAUACAGCUCCACACCGUGCCCCCUGGCCUCCUGCCAAGGAUACCUCUCUUCUACGUCUGCACCAGAUGUGGCAAGGUGUUCUGGGAGGGCUCUCACUUCAGCCGCGUGCUCUCCAUGUUUCAGGAGGUCUUGCACAUAACAGACGCUGAGGUCGCAGAAUCGGCCGCAGUGCUCGUGACAGCAGCACCGUAAAAGCGACUACUGUCGAGCUGCAUCACUUAAGUUAACACCCAGAAUAAUCGUUUGCACAUUCAGCACCUAGUUAAAAUGCAGUUUAUUGUUCUCAUGUGUUUGUUUUAUUUUUCAUCUUUUUUUAUUUGACUAAAUAAUUUUAUGAAAAGUGACUCAAUAUUUUUCUGAUUUUGAAUAGAUAUUAAGAUGUGGCAGUUUGCCAAAAUCUAAGAAAAUAUAUGAAUGCAUUUAAAAGUAAUACACUAACAUUGUCAGCCAAAAGUUUUUUUCAGAUUGUAAAUAAUUUUACGGUUAAAAAUAUGUCUAUACAACACAUAAUACUUCAAAAACCAAAGAUUGUUUUGACUUUGUAAUUUUUAUUGUUGAUGGUAUAGCUACAGCAGAUGAAUGAGUUAUAUGGUUUGGACUUAAUUUUUUGCACUCUUGAGCUUUCUGACUCGGCAGGGAUUUUUAUCAUCAAAUUAUAAAAGUAAAGAUGAAGUAGAGAUGUGCUACCACGUUAAGUUUGUUCCUUUAAACACUUUCUUGGGUCAUUUUUAUGACUUUUUAAAAUCUUUAUUGUUAAAAAGCUAGAGCCAUAAGAGGCUAGGACUCAUUUACUUUGCCUUUUUAACAGUCUGUGGUACUGUGUAUUUUUCCAUUCUUCAUUAUUACAUGUGUACAAUGUUUACAUAUUCAGCAGGAAUCUCAACAUGUGUUAAUAAACGGUCAUUUAUUUUAAGAAGCUGA